AUGGAUAUAACAACUUUCGUCACGUCGCAGCGAGACGCCGCGCUCCUGCUAGGCGACUACAGCACCUACCGCACGCAGCUGUCCCGCCGCCUGCUCACCUGCAACAAAAAACUGGGCCGGGCAACACACAAAAACGCAAAAUACGCCCCGAAGGCGCCAGUGACAUCUGAAGAUAUUGGGAGGAACCAUGAAUUCCUCCACCUGCAAUUACUCACGGCGGAGCGUGCGUGGGCCCACGCCAUGUACAUGAAGGCAUCGCACGCGGAAGACAACGCAGACAAGGGCAUCACAGGCUCGACUCGACGGCACAUAGUGUCCCGGUUGAACAAAGCUGCGAAAUAUGCACAGCAGCUAGUGGAGCUUCUAUCGAAUACGGCGGCCGGCGCAAGCGACAUCGAUCUGCUGGAGGCGCGGGCAUAUGCGUACUCUCUUUCCGGGUCAGAAGAGUUCGAAAAGCAGUCGGAAGGCAUAAAGAGCAGUGACGCGUCGCCCCAGAGGUGGAUCAAGUGUCUUACAGAUUACUCGGCGGCCCGGGUUAUCUAUAAUGCCUUGCUAAAGGCGACGAAGAAAGAAUUGUUCAAGGAUAUUCUCUCCAGCAUUACGGACCCCAGCAUACGGUAUGCGGCGUAUCAGCACCGGAUACCUCGGACUGUUGGCGUACCGGCUGUGUCGAAGAAGUUUUUUCCGCGGGAGGAUCCCAAGCUGCUCGCAUCGGUGGAGAAGCUAGACAAGGACGCUUUGGCUGCUGAGGCACCGGCAGCAGAAGGGACCAAAUCCUCGGAUUCAUCCAGCGCCCCGAACACCAUCACGUGGCGCGGACGCACCGCGAAUAUUGUUGACGCAGCCAUCGGCCAGGCCCUUGCAUCCGUGUACACAGCAUCGACCAAGCUGUCAGAGUAUCUAGCAUCGUGCACUCCCUCCAUACUAGCCAAGGAUAGGGCAGCUGCGUAUGACGAUGUGCUCAUCGCAAGUCAAGACGCCACAGAUGCGACCCGCCGCGCCAUCGACGAGCUCGAAAAGGAGGGCAUCGACGAAGGUGACUCGCGCAUGCAAGACCUCCGAGUAACCAGUCUCGCCCUGAACUACGAUCUGAUCGGCUGGCGAGUCGGCCGCAACCGCGUGCUGAUAGGAUCCGACGACGGCAUGGCGUUCUCUCCCUUGCCUCAGCAGAAACCACGGCGAGAGCGCAAAGACGGAAAGGAGUGGGCGGAGCGGGAAGAGCCCACAGGCCGGAAGCUCGCGCGACUACGAGAGCGCGUCGCUCUUUACGAUGCGAUCCUGCAAAGCAUCGACUCGGUCAAGGAGCUGCCCGGAGCAGCCCGAGACACCGCAUUCAUCGCCGAGCUCGACGGCCAACGAGCCUACUUCCAAGCUCUGAAAUGCCUGAACAUCUCGCACUCGCACGCUCUCCUCUCUGCACCCGACCGUGCCCUCGCCCUCAGCAACCGCGCCCUCUCGCUCUCCUCCCAGGCCCUCUCGGCGCCUCAGUCCACAGCUCCUCCCCCCUCCUCGCCUCCCAAACUCAUCACCACCAUCUCUGAAGCCUCGACCCUAUCACGCCAUCUUCAGAAUCUAAUCUCCCACUACGGUGGCCUCGUUGCUCUCUCCCACGUAACUGACAAUUCGGCAGCCCCCUCAAAAGCGCAUCCCACCAACGCCGCACCCCUCGCAGAGAAACUAAACGAGUAUCCCGCCUCUGGCACUGUCGAUCUAAAGAACCUCGUCACGUGGCCGCCGCGGCUCAAGCCAAUACCCGUCAAGCCGCUGUUCUUUGAUGUCGCGUGGAACUACAUCGAGUAUCCUGGGCGAGCGACGCCUGUUGCUGAGGCAAAGACGGAGGCGAUGGAGGGGGUGGAGAAGACAGGGGAAGAGCAGAAGCCGGCAAAGAAGGGAUGGGGUUUCUUUGGGCGGUAGGCCAGACGCGCUAGACUACAGUCGUAAUAUAGAUAGGCCAAUACUAGUGGGUCGCGAAAGACGUGGACCGCGAAGCUAGAUAUUGUUACGUACAUGAGCAUCACGUGACGAU